CUCGUAAUUUCUACAUAGUGUUUGCUUACUAAUAAAUCUUUUUUCUAUUUAGAAAACUAGUGUAUACUUGGUUUAGUGAAGAAGUUGUGUGGAACAUUUAUCUGAAGUUAUAUACGAUGUAUCGUCAGGCCAUUCUUCAAAUUCUCCCUAAAUGGCAUUUUUGGAACAACAGAGUGUGUUUUUCGCAUGUGCGACUUAAGGAGAACUUUCAGAAGACCUUAGAAGUCAUCAAGGAAAACAACAGAGCUCAAAAAUUCUGUAGUAUUCUCAUAAAAGCUAAAGAAGUCACUCAAGAAUCUGAUUAUAUCUCUCUUCACCCUCCCGUAGAAAUUUCCCUGAACAAAGAUGAGUUAGAAGCUCAUUCAAUUAUCUGCGAGCUAAAAGAAAUCAUUCAUACAGAUAAGCCUGAAUAUAUUCUAAUUGAUACAAUCUUAAAAGCGCUUAGAAAUAGCUCCAAUGAAACACGUCAGCAGCUUAUUUCACUUCUUUUUAGUAUUGAUACGGUUAAUUUCUUGAAUCCCAAGAGCCAGAGUUCAAAAGAAUACUUAAAAUCUUUUAUAAGUGAUGUUGAAUGCUUUUUUAGAAAUGCAAAUGAGAUAAAUCCUGAUAGGAUUUUAGAUACCCAAGGAGCUUUAAAAAUGGUUGAAGAUAGAUUAUUUGAUCAUUUUGAGAAAAAUGAGUCAAAUGAUGGAUAUCUGCCUACAGUCUCUAUUGAGCAUUCAAUCUCUUAUCUGCAUUCCAUAGUGUUCAAUGUAAUUUUUGACGAAGGUAAUCACUCCGAUGAUCAUAAUAGAGAAAUCGAAGCUUUAAUGUCUGAUGCUGUUUCACUAAUUUCAAAUAGGUUGUUACUACUGAACAGUGCCUCAAAAUCUAUUAUAGAGAAAUGUUUAUUGGCACGAAGAUCUUCACUUGCUAUUGACGGACAUGAUUUUGAUUGCGAAGAGUGUUAUUUGGAGCAGUUUAGAUAUUGCUACUAUUUUUUGGACGAGGUGCCUUUUUAUUAUAUGUCAAGAAAAGAGAGACUCCUGCAGCACUUGAAAGACACCAAGAGUAGUAACAAUGCCUGGGAGUUUUGUGAAUUGCUUAGCUCUAUAAAUAAACUUAAUUUGGAUACUGAUACGAAUAAAAUAUCUUUAAAUAGUGAUUUACUUAUGUAUCUUCAUAAAGACAUAAUUCCAACUGAAAAACUUAAUUCGUAUACUGAUACGAAUAAAAAAUCUUUAAAUAGUGAUUUAAUUAUGAAUCGUCUUAAAAACAUAAUUCAUACUGAAAAACCUGAAUAUAACAUAAAUAAAUUUAUCUUGAUGUCCCUAGAGAAUAGAACUCAUGACUUAAAAGAAGUAAGUGAGUUUUUAUCUCGAUUUCUUUUGGAUAUUGAUAACUUUGACUGUGGAAAACAGAAUUCAGAAGAGUAUUUAAUGCAUUUCAUUCAAGAAUUCAAACGUCUUAUCAAUUUGUAUGGUUCUAGUCUUAGUAAAUUUUAUAGUUAUAAUUUGCGUGACAGAAACUUUAAUGCUUUAGAAGAAAUUUCUACUUCUUUAAUGGAUAUUACAAGGAGCUGUACAGCACACCUUCUAAGAGCAUUACGCCAUAAAUACCAAUUGCAUUUCUUGGACGAAGAGAAGAAAAAAAUUGGAUUUUUGAUGGUAGAGGCUAUUACACCUAUUGAAAAAUAUGUAUAUAGAACCGGUGGUAAUCAUACCUACGGUAAGAUAAAAAGUUUUUUGUUGUUACGAAGAUCCUCCCUUCAGUACUUCAGAGAUUUUUUGGAUUCAUUUCCUGUUGAUGAAACUCCAUUAAAACGUUUUGAUAUGAACAGGAUAGAUUUGUGCAUCGAGGCAUCAGAUAGGAAUAUUGAUAUUAUGUGUAAACGUGCUGAAUUUUGGGCUUAUCUGGAAGAUGAGGAAGAUGAGGAUGGGGAGGGUUAUUUCAGUGAUUACGAGGAACACGAUGACCUCAAAGAAGAUGGCGCAUCUACAAUGCCUGAAUCACAUGGGUGGUGGGCUAAGUGUUCUCAAACCCUAAAUAGUUUAAGGGUUAAUCAAUUUCUUAAUCAACUUUGUUAUUUCUCUUGAGCUGUAAUAUGACAUUCUAAUAAAAAGAAAUUUCCGUAUGUAA